AUGACUAUGCAAUGGAAGUUCAUAUCAACGUUCACAACGGACUUCAUCGACGACGAACGUUUCAGACACAUCAAGCACACCAACAUGCUCUCAAAAAGACCAAAGCUCCUAGGCAGCUUUCGUCUCGAGAUGCAGCUGAAUUCAAGAGCACCGAAAGACAUGUAUUUGUCCGGAAGAGCUGAAGGCCUGGAACGGAACACCAAGCUCUUCCUAUCGGAUGCUGCGUUCCUAUCAAGACAAUUCACAGUCAUCAUCGAGAAGGGCAACUUUGCAGCUGUGACGGACUACAACACAGGAGGACGACGCGAGCUACGGAUGACCUUUGACGCUUCGCCGUAUCCUGCUCGAGAGGCGUACCGAGUCGACCGUACGAGCGGUCCAGGCUUGGAGGACUUUUACGACUGGCUCAGCCCUGAUGCUGUUUAUCAAGAUGGUGAUGCUAUCACUGCCGUGGUCCGUUUUGGUUCAUCUCAUCCGUCGGCCCCGAGCCACAUCAAAGAUCCAACAACAUCCAACCGCAGCUCAUCAUCAACGAUGUGCCACAUCAACCGCACCAUCUGGUCUUGCUGCAAGAUCGAAGACACGAUUGUUCGAUGUGCCCACAGCAGCCAGUUCGGCACCAUCAUCCCUCAGCGCUGCCUGCGCAACUUCAAGGUCGUCAAGAGCGAGAGCGUCAGUAGCCUCUGCUCUGGAUGUAAGGGAGAGACGGACAGCGAUUCGACAGCGUCUGUGGAGGCCAAGGUGGACGUCUUGGUUGCUGCUAUCGGUGCGGUGAAGACAUAUAGUGAUUAA